CUCUCGGGUCGUUUUUGAGUUAGGUUACAAUCAUGGCUCGUUUCAUUGCUCUAUCACUGCUGACGUUGGUCGGCGUCGCAUACGGUGCGACAUACAACUACACCGAGGUUAUCUAUAAGUCGCUGCUAUUCUACCAAGCCCAGCGGUCAGGAAAGCUGACCGGCAUGGACCCCCUGGUAUCCUGGCGCAAGGAUUCGUGCCUUGACGACAAAGGAAUCUUCGGCGAGGACCUCACGCAAGGCUACUUCGACGCGGGAGAUUUCGUCAAGUUCACCUUCCCCGCGACGUCGGCGUUCACUGUGCUGUCGUGGGGGGCGAUCGAGUUCGAACAGGGCUACCAGCAGGCGGGCCUGCUGGACGGAGUGCGCGACGCCAUCAAGUGGGGCACCGACUGGCUGCUGAAGGCGCACCCCCAGCCCAACCAGCUCUACCUGCAGGUCGGCGACGGCACCGCCGACCACAACUACUGGGGUCGCCCCGAAGACAUCAACUUUCCCAGGCCAGCCUACCUGCUCAACGAGUCCUUCCCUGGAACGGACGCCGCCGGGGAGGCGGCGGCGGCGCUGGCGUCGGCGUCCAUCGUGUUCCAGUCGGUGGACGCCCAGUACUCGGCCACUCUGCUGAACGCCGCCAUCGAGCUGCUCAACUUCGCCGACACCUACAGGGCGCUCUGCACCGACUCCAUCCCAGAAAUGGCCCAGUUUUACACGACUUCCGGCUACACUGACGAGCUAGUGUGGGGCUACGUGUGGGUCUACAAGGCCACUGGGGACAACACGUACCUGCAGAGAGCCCUGGAGCUCUUCGAGGAGUUCCAGCUGCAGUACAUCUCCAGCUACUUCAGCUACGACCAGAAGACGAUGGGCAUUGUGGCACUCCUGGCGGAGAUAACCGGUGACCAGCAGUUCUCCACGCAGCUAUCCGACCACUGCACGUACAUGGUGCACCAGCAGCAGCGCACCCCCCUCAAACUGCUCUACAUCUCCGACUGGGGGAACCUCCGACUGGCCGCCAACGUCGCCUUGACCUGUCUCAAGGCAGCAGCGCUGGGCAUCAACACGGAGGAGAACCAGGCGCUGGCCAAGGAACAGAUCGGCUACAUCCUGGGGGACACGGGUCGCAGCUACGUCGUCGGCUUCGGCGAGAACCCUCCCGUCAGACCCCACCACCGCGCCGCGUCCUGCCCCGACGCGCCCGCGACCUGCGACUGGACGCAGUACAGCACGACGGACCCCAACCCGCACGUGCUGUACGGCGCCCUGGUGGGGGGGCCGGACGCCAGCGACGCCUACUACGACGACCGCACCGACUACCAGCACAACGAGGUCGCGCUCGACUUCAACGCCGGAUUCCAGGGGGUCGUGGCGGCCCUCGUACAACUCGGACUCUGAACCGUUCCCCUUCACAGGUGUCUCACAAUAAACUAAACGCAUAGCACAACUUA